AUGGAGUACUCGGAUGGUGGCAACCUGCGUCAGCUUGUCAAAUUGCGUUCGCGCGAAAAGAUGGGCCCAUUUCCAGAGCCAGUUAUCAUGAGUUGGUUUGCCCAAUUGGUGCUGGCUGUGGCGUACAUACACGGCAAAAAUGUUCUGCAUCGCGAUCUAAAGGCACAGAACAUUUUUCUGACGCACAAAAAUGUCGUUAAACUCGGAGAUUUCGGCAUUUCUAAGGCAUUGGCCGGUGAUGAUACGGCGAACACGGCGUGUGGUACACCGGAAAGCAUGUCGCCGGAGAUCUGCCGUGGUGAACCUUAUGGCAAAAAGUCGGACAUCUGGUCGCUUGGCUGCAUAUUGUACGAAAUGAUCAUGUUGCGCCGCCCAUUUGAAGCUUCAACAUUGCCAGAGAUUUUUACUAAAAUUUGUAAAGGUGAAUUUCCACCGAUCCUGUCUACGUUCUCACGCGAGCUGCGCCUGCUGGUGCAGCUAAUGUUACAGCAGGACGCAUCUAAACGCCCAUCUAUUGAAGAUAUAUGCCGCUUUCCGUUUGUGCAACAACCAAUUCAAGCCUUUUUGUCCGAACACGUGGCAGAGUUUCAAGAAGCGUUGGAGCUCGAGGCUAAGUUACACCAGCCAUCGCUAUACAGCAUGGGUGCAGGCAACCCUCCCGUUUCACCGGUAUCACCAAGUCUCCGUCGUCGUCAUCACAAUAGCAGUAGUGAAGCACCGUCGAGUGGCUUCGGUGACGGUGUGACGGAAUCAGGCUCACCUGCGUCAAUCCGUAGUGAUGGAUCGAGUAACGCUGGCGCUAACAAUUACUGCAAUUUGCGCAGCUCUGCCAUUGCUUCUGUGGCAAUUGGCCUGGCUGUUGACGCCAUCCCACACCGUCCACCACUUUCUAAUCCUACAAGUUAUGUAGAGGACACGAUUGCUGAUAAGUUGCGUUCCCAAGUGACUAUCAGUGAUGUUCGUGUAGGACUUUUUACUACUUAUACAGCCUGUAUUUCGGCAGAAGAACUUAAUCGUGUCCUCAAGACAAAAUUUGACAAAUCGCACGAUGAAGCAGCUACGAUUCUGUUGGAUUUCUUAAAGAAGCGUGUACUCAACGUCGUUUUUGCUGAGAACGCUUUGCACCCAGAUUUGGGUGCGAAGGACACGUUAUUACGCUUUCAAGUGGAUGAGUUGUUUGUUCCACUCAACAUGAAAUAUGUCUGUGUGGACGAGAUUCAGCUAAAUCCACUAGAAAUCUGUCUACGUCUUCGAGAAGCAAUUGCUGAGUUACAUGCUCUCAAGUCAUUUCCACGCGGAAUCGCCACAGGAUUCAGUCUUCCGAAUCACGUUUGUGUGUCAAAUAAGAGUGCUAUGGAGUAUUUUGACGCACCGCUGAGCCAGAAAUAUCGUCGUUUUCUAAAAUUGGGCUCAAAAUUGCAAAAGGUUGACGUAGGCAGUCUGCCAAAGCACGAGCGCCAGCCUUUUUUCAUCAAUAUUUACAAUGCAAUGGUGCUUCAUGGACUCAUCGAGUUUGGUGUCCCGCAGAACAUUAGUCAGUACAAGGCUUUUGAGCGCGAUGUGGCCUACACUAUUGGUGGGCUAGACUUUACUCUUGGCGACAUUAAACACGGUAUUUUACGCUGCAAUCGCAAGCCACCAUCGAACUAUUGGGAGCGCCAGCUGCAAGCACAAGAUCCAAAAUUGCAAUUUCGGCUGCACAUUCGUGACCCUCGCUCACUUUUGGUGCUUAUUGACUGCGCCGAGCCCCUUCCUAGUGCGCAAGACGUGCCAAUUCUGAAGCCAGGACGUACAGAUACAGACCUCGAAGAACAGGCUGAAAAGUUCUGUAAACGUUUUGUUGAGGUGGACGAGCGUGCGGGAGAAAUUGUGCUACCCCGAGUUCUUAGAAUAUUCCGCGAUGAUUUUGGAUCCUCAGAAGCUGAGAUGGUAUCGUGGCUAGCACAGUACAUGGAUAACGCGCCUGCAAACCUGAUGAACUACCGCGUAAGGUACCAGACUGGAAUAUCGUCGUGA